CAUUUUUCCAUGUCCUUUAUGCAUCGGAAAAGUCCAUCUUCCCUUUCAUGGAUGCCUACUCCGUACUAGCCUGACUCCCUUCCACUCGUGGCCCGCGCUCUCUCGACUACCUAGGUACCAGUCUCCACGGCGAGACAUAGGCGGUGCCUCGCCCAUCCCACCUCCUUCAACACGACUCGAGACAGACACUAGAACCGCAUUCGCGCCUUCUCCAAACAUUCACGGACACAAAGAUGUCCCGCGACUCCUCCCACACCUACAUCCACGCACACGCUUCGCGCCACGCCGACCUCUUCGAAGAAUUCUGCCGCCCACCCUCCGCUUCCUUUCCCACCACCUCGGCAUCUACCAACGGCACCUCUUCCACGCACGUCAAUCCCUCCCAACCUCCUCCCUCCUCCAAUCCGUCUGGCUUCAACGUCAACGACAACUCCAACAUGGCCCAACUCCCGGGUUCAUUUUUACCGUUUGAAGAAAUCUCCCUCCCACCACACCUCGUGCCCCUCAACCCUGAAGACGAAGACGACGUUGUGCCAGACAUGCACGCCGCAUUCGGUAUAAAUCGGGCGUUGGGACAGCAUCAGGCUGGUACUACAAGCGUCACGAUUACUGCCACUGGCGCAGGUGCGGGCGAAGGUGGCGGUGAGACCAGUAAUGCGGGCACACAGCGCGAGCCCGUCUGGCGGGAUUUGGGACUCGACGCGCUGGUUGCGGAUGGUAACGGCAAAACCAACGGCACGGGGGAGCGACGGGGGGCGAGAAGGGAAGGGCACAGGACGAAUCUCUUACUUCUGCGGUGAGGUACACUAUCGAGGCGACUACGAGGGAUAACGAGGCCUGGCAAUGAUAGUGGUACCUAAAGAACAUGAGGACGCCGGAGCUGUACCGCUCUGGUGGUCAAUAGGACAAGGACCCCGCCGAGCCCAAGUCGGGGUAUGAUCAUUUCACCCUUUCGAGCAUGUUGACUAUACAAGCAAGGGGCUGCCCAUGAUGGGACAUGGGCACCAUGGUAUGAUAUGACACGGUUACGUUAUGGCAUCGAAGGGCGUGACAAUAGCCAUCUAGAUGGACAAGCCCAAAGGUGCCUGAUGAGGGAUGAUACAUCAACAUCAUUGAUAGCUUGAUCCUGCGUGGCUCUCCCAACAGCAAGACAAUGUCCAGAGGGUGCACAUUCAUAUCCUGACGACAUCCACCCUUGCCCGUUCGAACACAUUAUGCGGCAAGGUUUUCGCUGCCUUCUCCUCCUCACUCAGCACCCUCGGCUGCAGCGAGAUCUGUGCAUACGUCCCAGCAGCCUUCCUCUUCGACAGUUGUCCCGGAUUAAGCACCAUCACGCUAUCGACGACCUGUCAUCGUUGUCAGCUAUGUUCCCCACACCAUUUCCGAGGACGAGAGCAGACUCACCUUGACACUCGCCGUGACCAAACUCGGCAGCACCAGCACAUCGGGCUUAACCUGCAUCCACUCCCCCAGCUUCAAAUACCCGAGAUCCAAACAUGCCCCUGAUCCUUUCGUCACUCCAUUUCCACGUGCCAUGGGCGGGAACAGCGGGAAAAAGUGCCUCUGCUCAAUCAGACAUCCCGGCAAUCUGCUCAACAAAUCACUACCCACUCCGCCCAUGCCAUGCGAAACCUGUUCCCGACUCAACUCGUACAAGACAUCCUGAGAACUUAUCGCGAAAACUGUCUCAUUCAAGCUCACAAAGCACGGAUUCGGGAGCAUG